GGUGCUAGUCAGCAACUUUUGAUCAGAUCAUCAGAAAAGAAUCUUCGGGGGGGAAAAUAUCAGCAAAACCCCAGUAGAAAACAGAGAUUCGAAUUGUCCGUAUGCACCGAGCAAUCACACAACACUACAAGAAAAUGUCAAACUUCCCCCACAUAAUCCCUGUCUCUCACUCCGAAUCCACACAUUCUCCAAUCUCAUAUGGAAAAACCCAACGACGUUGCCGAAGGAUUCAACGACUGGGAGCAAAUCCAAUCACCAUCUUCCGCCGCCGCCGCCGGCACACAACACGGCGGCGCAGCGGUGGCGAUUAUAGACGACUACAUACCCGAUAACUCCUCCGUUUUUCAUCCAAGCAAUCACGAGGGCUUGCCAAUUACUAGUCCUCCACGAGACGACCCACGUGCUCAAGAAACGCCGUCGUUUUCGUCCGACUCGGAUUCGAACGAAGGUGAUGGGGUGGGCCCGGUUGGGAGGCGAUUCGGGUCGGGUUUGGCGGUGCUGAGUUCGUGGGCGGUUCGGGUUGGGUAUGGGGUUCGUAAUUGUGGAGGGUGGAGAGGGGGUUUCUGGUCAUUUGUGUGGGUGAGCGGAGUUUUGGCGGUGUUGGUGGUUUAUGGGAAGGUGAAGCGGUGGCGGAGGAGGUUUUUACGGCGAGAGAGUGAGGAGGGUCUGAUGCUGCUUCUCAGAGAGAAAGACAAGCAAAUCAGCCAGCUCUUGCUUCAAAUUGCCCAAAUGAAUGAGAUACUGUCAGCCCAGCGCACAGUUCCAGUGAUCAGAGUUGGUCCAUUAAUCGUAUCAUGAUUCAUGACUACUCAAGAUUGUGUUCUCUCUCUCUCUCUCUCUCUCGGUUUUGAUAGCAUUGUAAUCUGAUACCACCUUAUUAAAACUGAUAGCAUUGUAGUACUAUUCUGAUACUAUCAGCUUAUUUAAACUGGCCAAGAAGAGCUACACAUGUUUGCCAUUUGCUCAAUGGUGAUGCAACUUGGU